GAGGGAGUGUUCUUCAGUCUUUAGGACAGACUGGUGCAACUACCAAGACAGAAUUCCAGGGGCACCACAUAGAGCACACAUCUUCCCAAACUCUCUGACUGGAAACGUAAAGAACCAGGAUGAGUUUCAGGGUGAGCCUGUUGUACCUGACCAUGAUUGUGGUCAUAGUCUGGGGUCAAAGGAGACGCCCUGCAAAAGAGGAGUGGAACUACCGUGAUGGCUCUGAAAAAGUAAGCAUGCGAGGAGUUGCAAAUCUGACUCAAGUGCUUGAUGACUGGAGGUUUGACAUCCUGAGCAAGGUCAAAGGACUCCUGCAGAACGACCACCAGUCCCUGCUGCCUGACUACUCCAGGAUUCAACCUCUGACCGAGGCGCUUGAUGAUUUGUACAAAGAGUUUAAUGCUCUGAAAGCUCAUCUUGGUGAUCUGACAGAGAAGUUUGGACCAUUGGAGACCUUUGUGGAUGAACUAAAGACAGAAAGAGCCAGCGCAAGUGCAGCACCUGCUAUCCCAGUGCGCAGACGCCUUGUUAAGAAGACCCCUGCUUCCACUUAAAAGCCCUACGCUUGAGUAGAGCUGGAUCUCUCUUAACAGCAAACGACUUUGAUAUAGAUUCGUUUAGCAGCCUUUUCUUGAGCUUCUCACUCUUUGGGCAUCUUGUUGCUGUACAUACGUUGCUGGGAAACAAGGUAAUAAACAAUAUGCUGAACAUCGAGAAUGUCCCUCUAUAUGUGGUUUGGAUUGUAUUCGAAAGCAGCAAUUUAAAAUGUGACGGCCUGCUCGUAAUUAACAUUACUAAAAAAUGAUGCACACAGCUGUGACCGCAGGACUUUAUUUUAGAGCCCCUUUCAUUACUCCUAAUCGAAAAGAAACAAACAGCCAUUUGUUAUUCAGCAUCAGAGUAUUACGUUUGGCUGGAAAUGAGUCUGAAUGAGUAUAUUCAAAUAUGCAUGACUGUCAGUGGAGUGAUAUGUGGUGUUUGCAGCUCUCAGGAUGAUCAACGACUCGUGCAGGUAUAAACGGAUUAUGUACAAGCUAAGAACAUUUCAGGAACACAAUAAAUUGUGUUUUUCAUUGUGUUUUUGUGCUUAUAAUCUGAUGAGCAUGGUAAUUAGAUGCUUAAUAUCUCUUGGCUCAUAUUUGCCAUCUUAUGCAAGCUACAAUAAAAUCAGUCUGUUGCAUUCA